AUGUCUCUGUGGAAGAGAACCAUCUACAAGAGUGUGUGCCUGUCGCUGGCCCUGCUCGUGGCUGUAACAGUAUUCCAGCGCAGUCUGACCCCCAGCCAAUUUCUGCAGGAGCCCCUGCUACCCACCCUCGGGUUACAGAAGGCCCAGAAACCGAGCGGACACCUGGUGCACCCUGACAGCUUCUGGAAGAACCCGAAGGAUGCGGUCACCCUCACACCCAUGGUUUCACGGGGGCCCCAGGCCUGGGAUGUGACCACCACUAACUGCUCAGCCAAUGUAAACUUGACCCACCAGCCCUGGUUCCAGGGCUUGGAGCCACACUUCCAGCAGUUUCUGUUCUAUCGCCACUGUCGAUAUUUCCCCAUGCUGCUCAACCAUCCAGAGAAGUGCAGCGGCGACGUCUAUCUGCUGGUGGUCGUCAAGUCCGUCAUCACACAGCACGACCGCCGCGAGGCCAUCCGCCAGACCUGGGGCCGCGAGCAGGAGUCGGCGGGCCGGGGCCGCGGCGCCGUGCACACCCUCUUCCUGCUGGGCACAGCCUCCAAGCAGGAGGAGAGGGCCCACUACCAGCAGCUGCUGGCCUACGAGGACCGCAUCUAUGGGGACAUCCUGCAGUGGGACUUUCUGGACAGUUUCUUCAACCUGACCCUCAAGGAGAUCCACUUCCUCAAGUGGCUUGACAUCUACUGCCCCGACGUACGCUUCAUCUUCAAGGGCGACGACGACGUCUUCGUCAACCCCACCAACCUGCUGGAAUUUCUGGCUGACCGGCGGCCCCAGGAAGACCUGUUUGUGGGCGACGUGCUGCAGCACGCGCGGCCCAUCCGCAGAAAGGAUAACAAAUACUAUAUCCCCGGGGUCCUGUACAGCCAGGCCAGCUACCCGCCGUACGCAGGCGGAGGGGGCUUCCUUAUGGCCGGGGGCCUGGCCCGGCGCCUGCACCACGCUUGCGACACCCUGGAGCUUUACCCCAUCGACGACGUCUUCCUGGGCAUGUGCCUGGAGGUGCUGGGUGUGCGGCCCACGGCCCACGAGGGCUUCAAGACGUUUGGCAUCUCGCGGAACCGCAACAGCCGCAUGAACAAGGAGCCCUGCUUCUUCCGCUCCAUGCUCGUCGUGCACAAGCUGCUGCCCACUGAGCUGCUUGCCAUGUGGGGUCUGGUGCACGGCAACCUCACCUGCUCCCGCAAGCUCCAGGUGCUCUGA